CGCUCGGCCGAAACUUUGGCGAGUCAGAGCCGCGCACGGGACCGGCCAGGGCACCCGGUCGGCCGGACCCGCGCCAGCGCCCCGCACUCGCCGCGGCCGCCCGCGCGCCCCGGGGCCGCGCCACCUGCGGGCCGGCGGCCGGAGCGGGCAGCCCGGCCCCGUCCCCGGCUCCCGCGUUCAUGCAACGCCUGGUGGCCUGGGACCCAGCAUGCCUCCCGCUGCCGCCGCCGCCGGCCUUUAAACCCAUGGAAGUGGCCAACUUCUACUACGAGGCGGACUGCUUGGCUGCUGCGUACGGCGCCAAGGCGGCCCCCGCGGCGCCCCCCGCGCCCCGCGCCGCGCCGCGCGCCCCGGCCGGCGAGCUGGGCAGCAUCGGCGAGCACGAGCGCGCCAUCGACUUCAGCCCCUACCUGGAGCCGCUGGGCGCGCCGCAGGCCCCGGCCCCGGCCCCGGCGCCCGGCGGCGCCGCCGGCGACACCUUCGAGGCGGCUCCGCCCGCGUCCGCCCCCGCGCCCGCCUCCUCCGGGCAGCACCACGACUUCCUCUCCGACCUCUUCUCCGACGACUACGGCGCGGCCAAGAACUGCAAGAAGGCGGCCGACUACGGCUACGUGAGCCUGGGCCGCCUGGGCACGGCCAAGGGCGCGCUGCACCCGGGCUGCUUCGCGCCGCUGCCCCCGCCGCCGCCGCCGCCGCCGCCGCCGCCCGCGCCCCCCGAGCUCAAGGCCGAGCCGGGCUUCGAGCCCGCGGACUGCAAGAGGAAGGAGGACGCGCCGGGCAUGGCGGCCGGCUUCCCCUACGCGCUGCGCGCCUACCUCGGCUACCAGGCCGUGCCCAGCGGCAGCAGCGGCAGCCUGUCCACGUCGUCGUCGUCCAGCCCGCCCGGCACGCCGGGCCCCGCCGACGCCAAGGCGGCCCCCGCCGCCUGCUACGCGGGCCAGGGCCCCGCGGCGCCCGGCGGCGGCGGCGGCGGCGCCGCGCAGGGCAAGGGCAAGGCCAAGAAGGCGGUGGACAAGCACAGCGACGAGUACAAGAUCCGCCGCGAGCGCAACAACAUCGCCGUGCGCAAGAGCCGCGACAAGGCCAAGCUGCGCAACCUGGAGACGCAGCACAAGGUGCUGGAGCUCACGGCCGAGAACGAGCGGCUGCAGAAGAAGGUGGAGCAGCUGUCGCGCGAGCUCAGCACGCUGCGGAACUUGUUCAAGCAGCUGCCCGAGCCCCUGCUGGCCUCCUCGGGCCACUGCUAGCCGCGCCGGGGUGCCCGCGGCCCCCGCCGCCGCCCCCGGGGGCCGCCCGCGGACCUGGGGCGCGGACCUGGGGCGCGGGGGCCCCGCCGUCUCCUUUGUCUCUCGCCUAGCUCGCUCUCUCUAGUUUUUGGGGGGUCCCGACCCCGCGGCGAGCGCGCGCGCGCGCGCGGCCCGGGGCGGUCCUGCCGGCCGCCGCGUCCGUGCGCGCCGGCUCGAGUUGAUGCAAUCCGGGCAGGAGCGAGGCCGGCGCGGGUGUGCGCGGGGCUGACGUAACCCACGUGUAACUGUCGGCCCGGCCUGAGUAAUCGCUUAAAGAUGUCCCCGCGAGGGCCCGCCGGUCGUUGUUGUCGUUGUUGUUGUUGUUGGUGCCUUCCCCCCCCUUUUUUGUAUUAUAAAAAAAUAAUCUAUUUCUA